CUUCACUUUGUUACGUGCGGCCCUUUGAUUACAAUUGACAAACCACAAAGUCACGGCGCAUCAUGAGUGAUUCGGAUUCCUCCAGCCUUUCAUCGGCACCGCCGAGCGACGACGAAAAGACUCUGGCUCCCAUCUUUACAAAAAUGGCAAAGGGCAAGAAGGCAGCGCCCAGAAAGAAGAAGGCUCCUGUUACUCCUCCGACUCCACCUUCACCGCCGCGACCAAAGAGAUCUCCCUCCCCACCUCACGAAGAAUCCCUCGCCGACAAUCCUGAUGUCGCUUUCCUUGUCAUGUUCCGAUCUCGCUUCAGCCAUGCCUUCCCACCCAAGCUACCUCAUUUUGGUCCUCAAGAUAUUGAAAGCGGUGUCGCCGAGUCACCUCCGUCGUCGCAAGUUGAAGAGUUGAUGUGCGCCAUGCUCGCGCUUGUUUUGAACCGCAAGAAGCCCGUCGAACGCGGCCACCAUGGUCGCGCAAUGGAAGAAGCUCUAUCAACACAGAAGCACCAAUGGCCGCUGUCAUGGAACCGCGUCAACCCUCUCGCCGGCAGCAGAACCUUCCCCGACAUGUCGCCCGCCGAACGUUUGAACCUCCUCCGCACUCUCGCCAUUUGGUCGCUCACAUCAUCUGACGUUGUCUCACAAACCAUCAAGGACUCAUACAAGGUUUCUCGUCGCGAAGAUGACAUCAACCAGCCCCUGUCAGUUCAGCACUGGGGCUAUGACGGUGACAAGAGAAAGUAUUACCUGAUCGAGGGCCAAGAGGAUACCAGCUUCCGCGUAUACCGUGAAGCCAACCGCCUUACCCAACACCCUCAAUGGUGGAGCGUUGCAGAGACAAUUGAUGGCGUCAAUGCCUUGGUAGAGAAACUCGAGACCAAGGACAACACACAAGCCGCUCGUCGCCUGGCCGAGAAGGUCAAGGCUGCUGUGCCACGCUUCGAGGCAUCGGAAGAGAAACGCAGACGUCGCGAGUACCGACAAGCGCGCAAGGCACAAUUCACAAAGCCUGAGCCUGGUUUCUCCCUCUACGAAGGCCGCACUCGCGGCAAGCGCAUCCGUUACAACUAUUCCGACAACGAAGAUGAGUCUGAUGCUACUGGCUCACGUCGUUCUGGAAGACACUCUGGACAUUCCACGCCUGCCGACAUGGGCCCCGUCGUCACUGCCAGCGGUCGCCACGUCCGCCCUGCGAGAACUGGUAUUUAUGGCGAGUCGCUGCUCAGCGGCCAAGUCGAGACACCAGACUAUGCCGCUUCGGAGACGUCACACACUUCCGGAGGAAGAGCGACUAGAAACAGUACGCGAAUCUCACCGCUUCACGAGGACCGAAAGAGGAAGUCGCGAGGCUACAACAGCUUGGACGAAGACAGCGAAGAGGAGGAUGCACCUUCCAGCGGGAACGAGUGGGACGGAGGCGACGAUGACGAUAACGAUGAGGAUGAUGUCGAUAUGGCUGAUGGAGAGGACGAGGACGACAUGGAUCUAGACCAAGAGGGUGUGAAGAGAAGCCUUGUUGUCAAACUGAAGCUCAGAAAGAGACCUCAAGAGUCGACGAAGAUGGAAACCUCACCUAUCGAGGAGAAGCCACCACCUAUUGCCGGCGUCUCCAAUGCCUCGGCCGCUCGACAAAGUUCUGCGAAUUUGUCGACACAAGACGAGCCUACGCCUGCACCGACUGCAGAGGAACACCACCCUCGCCCUUUGGUACCGAUGGACUACAGUCUGCCUGCGCAGCCCACAUACCACGCCCACCCGCCUCCUGCGCCAUUGCUCGCUUGGAGUGCUCCUGACCAGCAAACCAACGGCAGCAUCUGAGGAAGCUUCGUAUGUCUGCUCUUUAUUUGCAGUGUCCGAACAGUUGCCGCGCUGCAAAGUUCUCCACGGAGCACGACCACUUCCUUGUUAGCAGCACCGACGGCACUGGUCAAUACGACACGAUCAUCAUAAUUUCAAGUACCCGGAGUUUCGGAGUCCGGCAUUAUAUCCCUUGGUCGGCAGGUGGUCCAAAAAGCAAUUACGCAAUUACACAAUAGUAGGAGUAUCAUGGAUCGUGGCAUCAACAAUGGCUUGCUUUUACUCCUUUUGCUAUACUAGAUAGUAUCGAGGGUGUGGGAGAGAAUUCGAAAGAAAUGACACGAAUACAAAGACUCUCAUGAUCUACACAGAGAACCGC